CUACUACAGGACCCCCAUACAAGCCUCCAGAGCCACGCUUCAACACGUCGAUAUGCGCCCGAGCCUUUUCUUACUGAAAAAGAGCGGCUCUUCGAAUCGCUGGCUCGCCAGACAACAGUCGGAUCCGUUCGUCAACUCGCGGUCAAGUUCCGGUCGAUACCGAUCGAGAGCUUCAUACAAGCUGCUUCAAUUGGCAGAACGGUAUCCUCAUAUCUUGCCUGCUGGAGGCACUAUCGUCGAUCUCGGCUGCGCUCCGGGGGGAUGGGCACAGGUCGCCGCAGACAAGGUCGGCAAGAGGGGCCGGGUCAUCGGUGUAGAUCUCUUGCCCGUCCGAGACCUAGGAGAAGGCUACGAGCAGGUAUCGUUCAUCCAAGGCGAUUUUCUGUCACCAGAAAUUUAUCAACAGCUCGUCAAAACUUUACCUAGACGAUCGAGUGCAAGGAACGUCGAGGUGGACGCUGUUCUUUCUGACAUGAUGGCCAACAUGACGGGUGUACGGAUACGAGAUGUCGAGAACAGCUUGGAGCUGUGUCGUUCGGCCUUGAUGUUUGCGGUGCAUUAUCUUCGAAGGCCUACUGCAGGAGGAGAACCGACGCCUGAACGGCCGCUCCCCCCGUCAUCUCGGAAAGGAGGAAACCUCGUCUUGAAACACUUUGCGCACCCGGACUUUUCGCUCUUCAAGAAGACCGAACUUGAACCCAUCUUUGACCGGGUGCAUUACGUCAAACCGGAGAGUUCACGGUCGGAGAGCUCGGAGGGGUUUUUCUGAUGCACCGUAAUACACUUGAAACCCCACACUGCAUCUCCAGAAAUUGCGAAC